UGAAAUUGUGGCUGCUGUGUUCUUUCUUCUUGAUAUUUAUAAUCAAGAACACUGCCCAACCUUGCCAUUAUUCAAAUAUAUGUAUAUGUAAAGAGAAAGAAAGAGGGGUAUCAGAUCAAAGUAUUGGAGGUUUGAUCAUCAGGAGGGAAAACAUAAUAUCACUGUUCACAAAUGGAGAAGAAAGAAGAUGUGAAGCAAGCCAAUCCAGAAGAGUUUCCAUCACUAAUCAAAUACAUAGCCUCCAAAUCAGUUAAAGGCUUUGAUACCACUCCAAAUCUUCAAGUUGAUCCUGUAUUUGCUAAUGGAUCACAACAUGCAAACACUGAUACACAUAAGAAUUCAGUAAUUGAACAUCACCAUUCACACUCUAUCUCUAUCAGUUUACCUGCUUCUCCUUCUGAAUUUCAUGCUGAAAGAGCUAAAAGAAUCCCAAACAUUGACAAUAUUCAUAAAAAUGGUGCCAGUGCCAGUAAUGACCAACCAGAGGAUUCUAUUUUUUCUGCUGCCAAUUCAGAACAAAAAAAGCAUGCCAAGUUUCAUUCUCAGCCAAUGUCAUUCGGAGAUUCAUGUAACAAUGUUACUCUCGAAGUUCAGAGCAAGAUACAACGACAAGACAGUCUCAAGGAUAAGCGUUUUGAUUCUUUCAAGACAUUUUCAGGAAAACUUGAGAGACAAAUAUCUAAUUUACGCGGAAUUCCUCAGCCACCGGUUGCCGAAUAUGUUAAUGCUUCAGAAAUUACUGAAGAAGAUAUUAUACCAGCCGUAGACCGAUACUUUGAUGCAUUACAAGGGCCUGAACUUGAUACACUUAAGGCAUCAGAAGAAUCAGUUCUUCCUGAAGAUAAGAAGUGGCCAUUCCUUCUUCGAUUCCCAAUUACAUCAUUCGGUAUAUGUCUUGGAAUAAGUAGCCAAGCCAUUCUUUGGAAGGCAUUAGCAACAUCUCCAUCUACAAGUUUUCUGAAUGUAAGCUUGAAUGUUAAUCUAGUUCUGUGGAGUAUCUCAAUUGCACUGAUGGGAAUUGUGUCCCUUACCUACUUUCUGAAGAUAAUAUUUUACUUUGAAGCUGUUCGAAGAGAGUAUUACCAUCCAGUUAGAGUCAACUUCUUCUUUGCUCCAUGGAUUGCUUGUCUGUUCUUGACAAUUGGUUUACCACCAUCGGUCACAACAAACUUGCAUAAGUCUGUAUGGUAUGUUCUAAUGAUUCCGAUUUUGUGUCUCGAGCUGAAAAUCUAUGGCCAGUGGAUGUCAGGAGGCCAACGUCGGCUUUCAAAGGUUGCUAAUCCAUCAAACCAUCUCUCAAUUGUUGGAAACUUUGUUGUCGCAUUGCUAGGAGCAUCUAUGGGUCUCAAAGAAGGACCUAUCUUCUUCUUUGCCGUCGGCCUAGCUCACUACAUAGUCCUGUUUGUAACUCUUUAUCAGAGACUUCCGACAAAUGAAACACUCCCUAAAGAACUCCAUCCAGUAUUCUUCUUAUUUGUUGCAGCACCUAGUGUUGCUUGCAUGGCUUGGGCAAAGAUCAAUGAUGACUUUAAUUACGGCUCGAGGAUAGCUUAUUUCAUCGCUUUAUUCCUCUAUUUCUCUCUUGCUGUUCGGAUAAACUUUUUCAGAGGUUUCAGGUUCUCAUUGGCAUGGUGGGCAUAUACAUUUCCAACAACCGGUGCUGCAAUUGCGACAAUACGAUACUCAACUGAAGUGAAGAAUGUCUUCACUCAAACUCUCUCUGUUGCACUCUCUUCGAUCUCUACAGUCACAGUGACCGCUUUGCUUGUAUCGACCAUCAUCCAUGCGCUCGUUCUCCAUGAUCUCUUCCCCAAUGACAUCUCCAUUGCCAUUGCUUACAGGAAACCAAAAUCAAGCAAGAAAAAUACACAUAUAAAAGCAACAAACUCUGAUGCCAAAGACAUUGAAGCAGGUGUAUAAGAGGAUGUUUCAAGUCAUUAAUUCACACUGUUUUAGAUGAUGCAAUUUGAUCCUCUUCCCUUGUGGAAGCUAGUGAUUUUUGGAGAUGAAGAUUGCAUCUUCACUGGAAGGCAGUAAUGUUGGAGUUUGACUGGAACUAUGUAGUCCUAUGUAACUAUUUGAAUGAAAUGAAGUGAUAAUUAUCAAUGGAUGUUUUUUUAAUGUGA